AUGCGCCGCCCGGGAACGCUGCCCGUCGCGAACAACGCGUCCGGUCACCGCGGAGGAGGGGGAGGAGGUAGUGGAGGUAGCGGAGGGGGAGGAGGGGUCAGAGGCGUCGUGGACGAUGGUACAGCGUCGCUGAGCGCAGCGUCGAUCGACGGAGUCACGUCUAGCGGCGCGAGAUCCCAUUACUCCAGUCACUCUCUGCGCCGUACGCCGCACUCGCAGCCGCAGCUCUCCGCCAGAGAGUCGGACGAUCGGAUACGGACUCUGGAGUCCGGACUUCAAAACGGAGUCCCGGCCGGUGGUCGCCAUCAGUCGUCGCCGCCGCCGCUGCCCUCCAGGCACCAGCCCAACUGCGGCCAAUCCUCGUACCCCACUCUGCCGGUCAACGGGCACGCCGCUCAUCACUACCAUCACCACACGAGAGAGCGCGAGAAGGACAGGCCGUCCGCUCGCGAGAGGAAUCGCGAGCGAGAUGCCGGUUCGCCGCCGCCUCCGCCACCGCCACCGAUAACGUCGCACCGGUCCGAUAAGCACAGGGAGACCCAACUGGAGAUGGAGUUGCGCGACAACCUCGACAUGGGCGUGAUCGGCACGUACCGAGCGUAG